AUGGCGUCUCCACUUCAAGAUGACGACGGCAUUUUCGAGCGGCUUCGGAAACAGAACGAAGAUCCGAAAGUCUUGGAGGAACGGCAGCAGGCUGUGAAUGAGAGGAUACAUGCGAUAUAUCAAAAAGCGCAAACGAGAUUAGCAGAGCUGAUUGAUCAAAAUUCCACCCUACCAUGCACUAUUUCGUCGGUCCAAGUACUAAAUGCCUCGCAUACUCGGAAAGACUUUCUGGAGAAGGUCCUCAGUCCUCUGUUAAGCUCCAAUAAGGACCAUCCCUACACUCUCGCCGAAGCUCUCCAGGAAGUUGGCGCCUGCACUGAUAAACUCCACAAGUUUGAUAUCUUUCAGCAGCCGAUAUCCGUAUACCUCGACAAGCCCUCCCAGACUGACCCGUCCACCACACCGACUGACCUGGACGUUUACCUAUCCGUCAAGGAGAGAUCUCGAUUCCUUCUCAAAACCGGCACGGAUCUAGGAAAUGCCGAGGGCUCCGCGUACGCAAACGCUCUAUGGCGCAACAUAUUUGGCGGAGCGGAAACGCUAAACCUCAAUGCCUCCUUGGGAACCCGAACAAGGUCGGCUUACCAAGCGACGUUUGAAACUCCUAUCCUCAGUGACCCUGACUUUCGAUUUGAAAUCGGUGCCCUUGCAAGUGAUACACAAAAGUCAUGGGCUAGUCAUGAGGAAGUGGUCAAGGGUGCAUGGAGCAGACUCCGUUGGAUGAGUGCCGCCGGUCAUCGCCAUGAGCUAGGAUUGAAUGGAUUCUGGAGGCAGGUUACUGGCCUUGCAGGCAGCGCCUCUCCGUCCGUGCGCGAAAAUGCCGGCGACAGCGUGAAAACAAGCAUUUCACACACUUGGACUAAGGAUCAGCGAGACAAUCCCAUCCUACCGACAAAGGGUUUCUACGCUAAAACAUUAAAUGAACUGGCGGGAUGGGGCCCCUUGAAAGGUGAUGUCUCAUUUUGGAAAUCAGAGAUAGAGACCCAGGCAGCGGUCCCCGUACCGAUUCCAGGACUAAAGGGCGAUAGCGGCAUCAGUUUCACCGCUGGCUUCCGUGCCGGCCUUAUUUAUCCGCUAGGCAUGGACUCCAACUCCAAGCCCCAACUCUCUCGGAUCAACGACCGAUUCCAGCUAGGAGGUCCGACGGAUGUACGAGGUUUCAGAAUUUCAGGACUUGGUCCGCGCGAAGGUCCAGACGCGCUAGGCGGUGACGUUUACGCUGCCGGCAGUGCUAAUUUGCUGUGUCCUCUUCCACGCGUCGGUGCUGACAAGCCUUUCCGGCUCCAAGCCUUUGUCAAUGCCGGGCGGUUACUGGCUCUGAAGACACCGCAAGGUGCCUCUCCCACCUCUCCGCAAGAGGUCAGAGAGAGCGUAGCUAGCACGCUUUCGGAGCUCGCAAAUGGCCUUCCCAGCACGGCCGCCGGUGUCGGCCUGGUGUUUGCUCACCCAGUGGCAAGGUUUGAGCUGAAUUUCUCCUUGCCUCUUGUCUUACGAAAGGGGGAGGAGGGUAGGAAGGGGCUACAGCUUGGUAUUGGAAUCAGCUUCCUGUAGAAUAUGCUGUAAUCUUGUACUUUAG